GCUUUUCUUCUCUGCAGGUUUUGAUCAGUUUACUUUGGUUUCACCAUGAUAAGAUGUCUAGUUUUUAUUGUUCUUUUGGGUUCCUGUAAAGAGUUGAAAGGACAAGCUCUUCUUCAGGCUAAACUAACAGCGGAUUCAUCAUCAAUCACAGAAACAGAUUCAGUGACAUUAAGCUGUCAGGCUCCAGCUCAUGUUUCUGUGUAUCAGUGUUAUUUCUAUGUGAAUGUAGGAACUCAAACACGUUUCCCCUGCAUGAAAACGUUUACAGGAACUGAGCUGCUGUCGAUGAGAAAACAAAGUUCAGACCCUGAGGUUGAAGUGAAAUGUUUCUAUACUGUAAAAUCUGAAGCUUUAAAUUCUCCAUCUCCCCACAGUGAUCCAUCCUAUAUCAAUAUAGGUCUUAAGCCACAACUGAGUGUAAACUAUCUUAAGGGCCAGUUUGCUGCCUUCUCCUGCUCUUUGCCUGGAUCUGUGAAACAUGAUACAACAUGUAAUCUGUACUUUGGAGAAUCAAGUCGUCCAGCAGCAACAACAACAAUAUUAAAGACAAAGAGCUCAAAGACCAAUCAGUGGUUCUGCUUUACUGAGAUUCAAGAAAAUGAAUUAUUGAAUCAUUUACGUUCAACUAAGAGGAAUGAGGUCAGCUGUGAUUAUAGAUUGGAAAGAAAUGGGGAAUCUUUGUCACCUCGCAGUGAUCCAUACAGAUUUACAGGUAUUGCAGAAGUAGAUUUAACUGAGAUCAUCACAACACCAACAAGCUUUACGAAGACCACAGGCUCAUCGAACGUUGUCUGGCCCAACCAGGAAUCAGUCACCCAAAGAAGUGUCACAAUUUUUACCACAGGCAAGGAGAAACAUGGUACGACAAAGCUGACAAGUAUCCCCAGUAUUUCCACUUCUACUAAGUCAGGUGAUGUGGAAGGAGAAUCAACGAAGACUGAAGGUUCGUCAGACGCUGUUCUGUCCACACAGGGUGCCACAAAGACGACAAAGAGUGAGACCACUUCUACAUCAGAUCUGAGGACGUUGAUAAUUACAGCAGCGGUGGGCGGAGUGAUCGUGGUCUUCAUUCUGGUGGUGGGAGCGUGUCUCAUAGCCAAAAGAGGAACUGGAAAAGGAUUGUCCAACAGAAAAAAAUCCAACCUUAAAGAUCAGACUAUGUGGGUGAAAACAACUGAUAACACAGAGAUGUUACCAGUAGAUGAAGAUGGCGUCUACAGCGUCAUCACAUCUGGACCUGCUGCUCAUCGUCCUACAGGUCCUGGGAAAUCUGCCACCGGAAAACCACAAACUGAAGAUUCUGACGUCUACCACGUCUACUGCACCAUCCCUGAUUUCCCUCCUCCACCAGCACAGGGCGACGGAGAGUACUGCCUCCUGCAGAGUCACAUUUUCAUGGAGAAAAAAUUAAUUCCCUGAAGAUAAUCAGUAGUUAUAUUAUAACUACUGAUUAUAUAUUUUGUG